AUGCCCUGUGAAUUGGACUGCCGAUAACCUUCCAAAGUAAACAUCCAAUUUCAUUUAGAAAAAUAAAUAAACAACUUCAUAUGUAAAGUUCUAUACUAAACAAAAAGUGUUUAUAAAAUAAGUAUACUAACAAUAUACAAUCAUUGUAACUGUUUUACAUUUCUUCAGAAACAAUCAUUUUUUUUUUACGUUCAACACAAAGUAUAAAUACAACUAAUACAUGAAGGAACAAAUCUCAACAAUAAGAUCUGUUGAAAAGUAUAUACAUAACGGCAAUUCAAUGUAAGGAAAAAAUUAACUCAACUCGAACAUUUUAAAAAUAAAAAACUUGAUGAUCACGAAGCGUAUUGAAAUCAAAAUGAGACAUAGUAAAUGACGCAAGUGAUAAGAAGGCGUUCAAACUUUGAAAUAUUAUCAAUAUAUCCAAAGCAGUGGAAACAGACGAAAAAAAAAAGCGAGGAAGGGAUACGAUUUGUCAAUCAUGGUCAAAUCAGUAUACAAAAACGUCUUUUGAUCAGUUUAUUUUAUAUGCUACGUUUCAAUCUAUGUCAAAUUUAACAUAAAUUAUAAUUGCAUUUUGAUAAUAUUUUGUACUCACUUCAUCAUCUCUAGAUGAUUAUUUAUUAUAAUUUUAUCUUUUUAUUAAAGUUUAAAUUGAAGAUAAAAAAAUAAACGUGACAGUCAAUUUAGUUGUAAUUUCAAAUUUGUGCAUUCAAAAGCUAUUAGAAGAUUUCAAGCAGUUAUGGAAUUGGAUUGAUAAAUAAAUUGAUACUGGACUAUAAGUCCGUGUCUGUGAUAUAUUUUUCUACAUAAAAUCAUGGCAUCAAAUAGGCAGACAGGAGAACCAUCAACGAGACAAUCACAUUUUCACCCACCACCUUGUGAGUCGAUAAAUUCUAUGCCAUGGUUUGGCAUGGACAUUGGUGGGACAUUGAGUAAGUUGGUUUAUUUUGAGCCAAAAGACAUCACAAGAGAUGAAGCUGAUGCUGAAGUUGAAGCUUUGAAAAAUAUUCGUAGAUAUUUAACCAAAAAUUCAGCUUAUGGCAAGACGGGCCAUCGAGAUGCUCAUCUACAAAUGGAUAAUGUUUUUAUCAGAGGAAGAAAAGGAACAUUACAUUUUAUUAGAUUUCCAACAAGUGAAAUGGGAAAUUUUUUAGCAUUGGCUAAAUCAAAAGGAAUGGCUAAUCUCGUGACAACUGUUUGUGCUACUGGUGGUGGUGCAUACAAAUUUGAAAAUAAUUUUAAAAAAGAAGUUAAUAUGAGCCUAGCUAAAUUUGAUGAGUUGAAUGCACUAAUACGAGGGAUGUUGUAUAUCGAGACAAUAAAUCCCCAUGAAUGUUAUUACUGGUCUCAUCCAACACAAGAUGAUCUUUGCCGAAAAGUUCCCUUUGAUUUCUCGAAACCAUAUCCAUUUCUUCUAGUUAAUAUUGGAUCUGGUGUUAGCAUUUUAGCCGUUUAUGGUCCUGAUAAUUACAAAAGAAUAUCGGGAACGAGUUUAGGUGGAGGUACAUUUUUAGGAUUAUGUUGUCUGUUAACUGGUUGCAAUAGUUUUGAAGAAGCAAUCGAAUUAGCAACUGAAGGUGAUAAUACUAGAGUUGACAAAUUAGUCAAAGAUAUUUAUGGUGGUGAUUACAGUCGUUUUGGGCUUCCAGGUGAUCUUGUUGCCAGCAGUUUUCUCCAUGUGUGCAGUUUUGGUCAGAUGAAUUCCGAGGAUCGUAGAAAUGCAGUGAGCAGAGAAGACUUGGCACGUGCAACACUUGUUACAAUAACUAAUAACAUUGGAUCGAUCGCAAGAAUGUGUGCUGUCAAUGAAAAUAUAGAGAGGGUUGUUUUUGUCGGCAAUUUUCUAAGAGUUAAUCCAAUAUCAAUGAAAUUGUUAGCAUAUGCAAUGGAUUAUUGGUCAAAUGGUACAAUGAAAGCACUGUUUUUAGAGCACGAAGGAUAUUUUGGAGCUGUUGGAUGUUUAUUGCUGAAUGGUGGUAGCUGAAAAAAUAAUAAGCAACUUUAUAGCAUUCCAAUUGUGUUUUAAGUAAUUUACUUUUUUCCUUAAUAUUAUUAUUAUAUGGACGCUAAAAAUUUUCUAUGAAAAUAAAAAAACUGUAAAGAACAUACGAUUUGAAAGAUAUUCUUCGUUCUUAGGCACAAAUAAUAAAUAUAGCUAUAAAAUAAAGGUCAUAAAUCAUAAUACAAGUUGCAAAAAAAAAUAAUCAAUACUGGUUAAUGAAUUAUGUUUAGUUGUGAAGCACAAAAUUACAUUUUGCUAUCAUUUGAAUUAAAUUCAGUAAAAUUAUAUUUAUGAAAAAAAAAAAAAUAAAUAGUUAAUAUUUGUAAUAUUUUCUAUUUAAAAAACUGAGAAUUCAUAUCUAAAUAAAUUUUUUAAAUUAAAAAAAAAAUUAUAUUGUACAUAGAAAGAUAAUUACAAAAAUAUACAUAACCGUGAUAACUGCAAAGUAAUAAAAAUAUAGUAAUUACUGAAGCAAUUUAAUUUUAUUACUGUUGUAUCAUUAAUAAAAAACUAAUAAAUUCUUUCAUAAAUAAAUUAUUAGCUAU